AUGUCAAAAUCAUGGGCAUCGACGCUGAGGCUGCCCAAAUCGACAUUCCCGCCCCGGCCGCUGGCUGAACACCGACCGCUGUACCUCCAACGAAGCACCGACGAGCUGUACAAAUGGCAGCAAGCGAACCGCCCCGACAAUGACCCCUUUGUAGUCCACGAUGGCCCGCCUUAUGCCAACGGCAAGCUGCACGUCGGCCAUGCCCUCAAUAAGAUUCUCAAAGACAUGAGCUUGCGCGUCAAGAUACAGCAAGGCCGACGUGUGCACUACAGGCCAGGGUGGGACUGCCACGGGCUCCCCAUCGAACUCAAAGCCCUCGCAACUGCGUCGGAGUCCUCGUCCUCUUCGACAGCUGAACUCACACCGGUUGCUAUCCGAAAAAUUGCGCGCGAUCUCGCCUCACGCACAAUUGUCGACCAGAUGAAGGAGUUCCGGAGCUUUGGUGUCAUGGCCGACUGGGACAACCGAUGGACCACAAUGGAUCCAGAGUACGAAGUGCGCCAACUGCAGCUUUUCCAGACGUUGGUGCACAAGGGCCUCAUCUACCGCAAGUACAAGCCCGUGUACUGGUCUCCGUCGUCCCAUACCGCCCUUGCCGAGGCCGAGCUCGAGUACAACGACCGUCACGUAUCCACGGCCGCCUACGUCAAGUUUCCCAUCCUGCCAGGUGCUGCCGUCCCAGGCUACGAUGGGAGCCGGCCGCUGUCGGCCGUAAUCUGGACAACGACGCCCUGGACGCUCCCUGCGAACGAGGCCAUCGCUGUCCACCGGGAUUUUGAGUACGUUCUUGUACAGCUUGGGGAUGAGUUCCUUCUUGUGGCGGACUCGUGUUUGGAGUCCUUUACGGCUGCGUGUUGCCCCGAAGGCACGCCUCAACCCAAAGUGAUUGUGCGGUCGAUUCGAGGCUCCGAUUUGACCCAGCUGCAAUAUACCAAUCCGCUACGCGGCAAGAGUGCCAAACCUCAACCGAUUAUCCAUGCAGACUUUGUCUCGGCUGGAUCUGGUUCCGGCCUGGUGCACACUGCGCCCGGCCACGGCUUUGACGACUAUGUGGUGUGUAUGCGACUGGGUCUGCCUAUCCCGGCACCCGUAGACGGAGAGGGCCGCUUCACAUCCGAGGCAUACCCGGAUGACCCCUCCCGUCUCGAAGGCUUGUCCGUCCAGGGCGAAGGCAAUAAGGCCGUCCUUGCAAUCCUAGGCGAUGCCGUCAUCACUAUGCACCAAUACCGCCACAAGUACCCGUAUGACUGGCGGACCAAGAAGCCCAUAAUCAUCCGGGCCACGGCGCAGUGGUUUGCGGACGUGGACCUGAUCAAGGAUCCGGCGGUGGCGAGCUUGAAAAACGUCCAGUUCAUCCCUGAAACGGGCCGCAGUCGGCUUGAGAGUUUUGUCAAGGGCCGCAGCGAGUGGUGCAUUUCCCGGCAGCGGGCCUGGGGUGUGCCCAUUCCUGCACUGUACGGCGACGACGACAGCGUUGUCCUCACAGAGGAGACGGUGAAGCACAUUUUGGCCGUAGUCAAAGAGCGCGGCACCGAUACGUGGUGGUCCGACGCAGCCGACGAGGCGGCCUGGAUUCCCGAGGCGUUGCGCAAAGCCAACCCGGGCGUUGCAUACCGUCGCGGCAGCGACACUAUGGACGUGUGGUUUGACAGCGGCAGCAGCUGGACCCAGGCUGCCAACGAUGCGCAGGCGGAUGUCUACCUCGAGGGAUCCGACCAGCACCGUGGCUGGUUCCAGUCGAGUUUGUUGACGCGUGUGGCAGGACUGAGUAGUGCGGCCACCUCAUCGUCCUCGGCUGCGAGUCCUGCGACGCUGUCUCCUUUCAAAACGCUCGUCACGCACGGCUUUAUGCUCGAUGGCGCGGGCAAGAAAAUGUCCAAGUCGCUGGGCAACAUUGUAACCGGCGCCGAGGUCAUGGAGGGUACGCUCUUGCCGCCCAUCAAGGAGAAGAAGAAGAAGGGCCGCGGCAAAGCCAAGGCAGCGGACGGUGCCUCCCCUUCCACCAACACAAACGCAAAGUCGAACCCGGGCAGCGCGACUGUUGUAAAGUACGACGCCCUCGGGCCCGACGCUUUGCGGCUGUGGGUUGCGGGCAGUGACUACACUGGCGAUGUUGUCAUGAGCGAGAUGGUGCUUCAGGCUACGCACACGGCGCUCAUCAAGUACCGCGUCACCCUGAAGAUGUUGCUCGGUUCCAUGCACGAGUCGGCUCGGACGACGCCGCUAACGACGGUCGACCACAUUGCACUGCUGCAACUGAAAGACACGAUGAAGGAGGUGGCUGCCGCCUACGACCGCUUCGAGUUUUACCGCGGCUUGGCCAGCCUCAACCGCUGGCUGACCAACGACUUGUCUUCGUUCUACCUCGAGGCCGCCAAGGACCGGCUGUACUGUGCCGACGGCGGCGGCGUCCUGGAGCCCAUUUUUGUUGGUCUCACGCGGAUGCUGGCACCGGUGGUGCCGAUGCUUGUCGAGGAAGCCUGGGACCACGCCCCGGCCUGGUUGAAAGAGUACGUCGCGGCUCUCAUUCUGUCUUGUUUGUUGGGACAAUAUACUGAUACACCCCCCUUUAGGUCAACUGAACACCCUCUUCGGCAGCUGUACAGCGAUUCUCUGGUCGGUGAAGACCGACUGCCGCGUGACACGAGUCCACUCCGGGCGGCGAUCCCCGUCAUCUUCUCUGCACACGCCGCGGUGAAGACGGCGCUCGAGAACGCGCGCAACGAUCGAGUGUUGGGCUCGCCUUUGCAGUGCUCUGUUGUGCUUCGGGUUCCGGACGAUAGCACCGCGCUGCCGUUGCUGCAAGACCACGCCGCCGAGCUCGAUAGCAUGUUUGUUGUCUCGUCUGUAUCUGUGGUUGCCGCCGAGAGCGAGCCAGCUACUGAGGAAGUGAGCCCGGUAUGGAAGUACACAGCACCCUUUGAUGUCCAAGGCGGUGGGUCGGCCACGGCUGUGGUCCUGCCGCCCCAGAACGCCAAGUGUCCACGAUGCUGGCGGUAUGUUGCUGAGGACAAGGACCACUUGUGUAGACGCUGCGAAGAUGCUGUGCAGCAAUAG